AUGAUGUCCAUUUUUGCAUGCCUUGCUCUUCUUUUAUCUUCUGUUGGUGUUGCUGCUGGAUCAGUAUUCCAGGACAGUUCCGUUCUGCUUGCAAAACUGCGUCGUGCUAGCGACCUCUCCACCAAUCCUUCUUUGGAUGAGUCCCUCCUGGCCAUCCAGAUUGGCGGCAUCGUAGGUGCAUACGUGAUUUUUGUCGCAAUUCUUCUGACCCUACUGCUCUUUGUGGGCCGGCGCCUGCGAAGAACCGUGCAAUCAUCGAACUAUACGCUACAGGUUGAAAUGAUGAAGCCUGUGAAGCCCCCCAUUAGCAUGGACCCAAGUCCCGUCACUCCUACCUCCGCCAACCUCCCCAGUCCCGGCAGACUGAACAACUUCAGCAUGUCCUGGAGCAGUUUGACCAGAGGCCCCAGAUCCCAUACGCCUGGGAAUGGCAAUGUAGGCACCAUUGACGAGUCGGUAGUCGCGCAGGACCGGCGGAGAGCGCAGGAAGAGAUGGAGAUGCUCUAUGCGGCAGUCUUAGAGCACGAUGAGCAGAAAGCGGCCGCAGCGGCGGCGGCCUCUCGAGAAGACCAAGAGACCCAGUCGUUCGAGAGUGAACCAACCAACCCUUUCACCGAUCGAUCAUCGCAGGUAUCGGACGGUCCAUCGACUUUCCAGAGCAAAACCCCGAUGAGCCCGAGAAGCAAUUCGCGCCUGUCCAAGAUCUCAUCUCUCUCGCUGUUCAAUUCGAAUUCGCGCGCUCAAGCCAACAUGGGCAAGCUUCGUUCCCCUCUGUCUGCGCUUCGAAAGCUACCGAUAUCCUCCCCUGUAGGCUCUCCAGACGUGACUGCUUCCAAUUCAUAUGGCGAGGAACAACCACCGUUGACACCACGGGUCUAUCAUCCCCCUCCUCCACCGGCCCCUCCAGCCGCCAUCGCCCCGAGGCGACAUGAAAGGACCUCCGGGGGCGGGAGGGCGCCAGCUCCGGCACCACUAACGCUUUCCACGCCCGGUCAUGGCUCGUCCUCAUUGCCAUUCCGGGAUGCAUACCCUCUCCAGAGUGCGCCGGCCACAAAAACCACGGUGUUGGAGCGGCCGGAGAAACCCGUGGGGGGACCUCGGACGGGCCUACCAACCCCGUACAGUCCGUACAUGCCUUUUACGCCUGUGACGCCUCUCACUCCCAGUCGGAUAAUUACCAAGCGUCAGCGGAAGCGCGAGAUCCGGGAAAACGGGCUGCGGGUGCUGAAUGAGGACGAUAUGGUGCGAGAUGAGGAGGAUAUAUGGGGGUGA